GGACCCACUCACCUCACGCCAAGGCGAUCACUGUCGCAUCCAGAUCCUCCUGCCGUCUCAGUGGAGCAUUCUCGGCGAUGCCGGGCCAGUAAGGAACCCAUUUGUCGGCUAUUAUUCCGGUUUUGAAAGCUGAACAAUCACUUAGCAAAACUUAGCAAAGGAUACCAACCACCGCGUGCGCUUGUGUCGGUGCAGUGUGCACUGUGUGUAGAACUUCUAUCCUAUGGCCAGCGAACACUGGUGUGGCGGGAACACGGCAGAAAAACGUGAAAAUUCUUCACUGUGAAUAUUACACAGUUGGGUGCAAAUCGCUUCUUUUUGCCGGGCAAAUUCAUUCAUCGAGAUAAAUGAAAUAUUAAAACAUUUUUUAAAUACUACGAAAUACAUUAAAUCUGCCAAAAUGGUGACGUUUUUUAUUAGUCGCUAGUUUUGCGUUUGGAUGAAACAGGGGUAAUGUUACAAAAAGAGGUCUGGCUCGGAAGGGAAAGUCUGGUUUACGUUACUGGGAAGCAGACGGCGAAACCAUAUUAAUACUGCAAGGGGGUAUUCGUGGAUUUACUCAGCCAGUCUCCGGCAAAUAUUCUUUGUAGACGAUAUGGUACAGUUUCUCAAAAUGUGUAACUUGAGAGAGGAUAGUGAUAAAGUGUCGUUCAGUAGUGAUGGGGAAUGUUGACCGUUUUGCUACAUGAGUGCACGUAGAUGGCGUCUACUGCAUGUUGGUAUAACCUGUGGACAACUAGGUGGCUAUCCCCUGAGACUCGGUACCCGGGCUGCUGAUUGGCUGGGUAUGUCGUCAGACACACCGUGCGCAUGUGCUCUUUGGCAGUCGGACACUUUAGGCGGCAAGUGCAAAAACUCAGUUGAGCGCCAAAUUUCAGGCAGGCAACAUGACUACUCGGAAGUCUCUGUCCUUUGGAGGCGGACUGAGCUAUCGGAAGCAGGACAAUGGUGGCCAGAAGGACUCCGUAAGCAACAGCGAGAGCGAAGAUUCUGUAGAAGGUGAUGGAAACCCGGUGAACAGUCCGGAAUUCCUCAGUUCUGAUCCUAGUUCUCCUGCUCGAGCGCGCCCUGCCGCCCACCACCCCACGGGUAACGUUACGCCCCGACGACAGGAGAAUACCGAUAGAAAUCGUCGCAAGGGCCGAACUCCGCCGCCAACAGUGCCAAUGGCUGACAAAAUGGCACAGCGUAGACAACUUGCUGAGGUGCUGGCCAACCAGAAACAGAUUCUCAAGCGAAUGGCCAAGCUCGAGACCAUGAUGUCAGACCUCAAGAAUGCAAAACAGCAGACCAGAAGAGAGAAACAGCAGAAACUGGAAGUACCCAAUGAUGUUCGGAUCAUGGUUAAACAAGCGUAUGACCAUGUGAUCAACAAUGAUGGAAGGGCGAAGUGGGCUACAGAUAAAGGAAUGAAAGCUACCUUAGCAGUGAACAUGGAAACUACACAGGCUAUCCAUGACCAUGUGAAGGGCCUUCUGCCUGAUUAUGGCGAGAAGAUUCUACUUUUCAACGCUGCAGUAGACACAUACUUUGGCAGCAAGCAAAAACAAGACAAGAGGGAAGCAGAGGGCAAAGCAGCCAAGCACAAGAAGCAGUGCACACGAAACUCAAGGAAAGCCCAAAAGAUGAAAAAUCGCCUGAAGGCCCUAAGGGCCAAGCAGUCUUACACGCAGAAAAAAAAGGAGGACAUGCAGCGAGUACUACAAGGAGAUUUCAUGUCGUCAGAAGAGUCUGAUGUUGAUGAUGAUGGAGUGAAGGUUUACAAGACAAGGGCCAUUCCUUGGGAGUCUGAUGCAUUCGGAAAGUUAAAACAAGCACUUGACACAAAAUAUAGCGCCAUACAGUCUGAUCAGGCUAGAAGACAGUGCAUCAAAAGAAUCCAAGGCCCUCCUUCCACUUCUAACUUAAAAAAGCCCAAGCUGUCAGAACAGGAUGCCUGGAUUACAAAAUGAUCGUCAUUUGCAUAACUUAAGUGCCAAAUCAACAAAAGUGUCAUUUGCAUAAAUAAUGUCAAAUUGUAGGAUAUAGGAGAAUUCUUUGAAACAACCAUUUUGUACCCACUUUGCUCACGUUUCAGUAUCUCUCGGACACAUUCCUUGGAGCUUCUGACUGGAGUUCUGCUUCUUUAUUUUUGUAACAUUCAUAAAGUACAUUGUGUAUUGAAAUAAUGUAGAAAAAUAGAUAUAAUGUUGGGUAUGAAUUAUAGAGAGUUUCAUUUGCAUAGUAGGUGACAAGAUGCUGAACUCCUUUGAAAAAAUUACUUUGAAAUGUCAUGACUCUCAAUCUUUUUGUUUAUUCAUUAGUGUAACCUUUGAUCAUUGUUCUAACAACCAGAUUUGAGGAAAAUUUGAAUGAAAUUUACGUGCCCUUUUUUGGCAGGCCUUUUCACACCAUACGUUUGGUGCUGUUGUCAUGUGUUUUUUUUAAACAGAAGCAAGAAAAUGUAGACAGUUGUCUUAUUUCACAUAGCCUUUGUCUUAAUCAUCCUUCCUCCGUUGUCAUCAGCAGGCUCUGCUGUGCUUUCCUUUUUUUUUAUCUCUAUAAUAUAACAAUCAUUGAUGCUGUGUGAUAAUAUAAUGAGUUAUGAAGGAUUGUAUGUUGCUGCUGUUUGUGUCAGCUGUAUUUAGAAUGUCAUGUCAUAUACUAUGUGUUUAUAAGUUGUUAUGCUUUCUGCUCCAUACAUUUAUACUGUGCUUGAAGAAAGUCUCAAUCAUAUUACCAAAAUCUUCAGAUUUUAGCGUAUUGUAUUGUAAUGUAAUGUAUAUGUGCCCCAAAAAAUGACAUACAAUAUACAUAUGAACAGUGGUUUGGUUUAGCAUUAUAUUUUGCUUAGGACUAUGUGUGUUCAGUUUACCAUAGGACUGCAUUUAGUUAACUUGUCUGUAACUGCUCGCAAUAAUCCAUCCUCACUGUUGAAAAAUGGUAAUACAUGGACCUUUUGUAACUGUAGUUAAACAUGUUUUUUUAUUAUCAUAACUUUCAGACUCGCAAAAUGUAUGACUUGUUGACAAUUGAUGGAUCUGUAAUUGAGUAUGAUAUUUGGGACUGAUGUUUUCCCAGAUUUAUUUGCCUGUGAAAUAUCAUAUGACCAGUGUUUGAAUACAACAGACUAUUGUCAUUACACAUAUUUGUAUAAUAUCUUCCAUGUGUAUUUUUGCAUUGUCUUUCAGUUGAAAAAACAACUGGUUUUGAUAACGUUUUUACAUGUAAAUAUGUCCACUUGGAAACACACUUUUUACUCUCUAAUGUUAUUUGCAUACUCAUGUCUUUUGAAAAUACUUGUUUGUGGUAAUUAAAACAUCAAUAAAUGGUUAAUUACACCACAAGCCCCUUUGUUCAUUAUUACAUGCAGGUUUCAGUAAUCAUCUGAGUAGCCAUUGAUCUGGCAGGGUGUGCGGGUAAAUCAAACCCACAUUCUUUGUAAAGGGAAUAUAUACAGUAAUAAAUGUAGGAUAUAGGCCGGUAAAGUCGAUUAUUUGAACCCGCGUUAGAGAUGGGUAAAUGUCGCUAAAUCCGAGAAAUAGCAUUCGCUUAGUAAAGGUGGGUAAAUGCAGUGGUAAAAGUAGAUAUAUAUUUAUCGGUAAAGUACCGGUUAAGUCGCAUUUACACACAAUAUAAAGAUGGGUAAAUGGCGAUAAUUCUGAGAAAUAACGCGUAUUGGUAAAUCUCGGUAGAUGCGUAUUUACACAACUUUGGUAAAUGUGGGUAAAUCAGGCAAACAUUACCAGCUAUACCAUACAGGUAAAUGUGUGGUAUAUUUGCAUAUUUACCAACGGGUAAAUGCUGGUAAAACCCGUGUAAAUUUAACC